AUGAGUUGUCGAACCGGAGAAACUCGGAGUGAAUAUAACAGUAGAAGAGUCAAACACCCUUUCCGGAAACCUACUGGCCGUCGCCAGUUCUCCACUCCAGAACAGAUGAUGGCUGGUACUUCUGCUUCUCGUCCUCGCACAUUCAGACAGGAAGAAGCUGACGUGGAAGAAGAUGAGAGAUCUGAAGAAGAGUCUGGAGAGGAAUCUGAGGAAGAAUCUGAAAAGAAGAAAGGAACCCAAGGUAUCAUUCAAGUUGAGAAUCCGAAUUCGGGCAAGCCAAAGAACCUGAAAGCUAGAGAUGUUGAUAUGGAGAAAACAACCGAGCUUUCAAGACGUGAAAGAGAGGAGAUUGAAAAACAGAGAGCUCAUGAAAGGUACAUGAAACUGCAGGAACAAGGGAAGACGGAACAAGCAAGGAAAGAUUUAGAUCGUUUGGCUCUUAUAAGGCAACAAAGAGCAGAAGCUGCUAAAAAACGAGAAGAGGAGAAAGCAGCCAAAGAUCAGAAGAAGUUGGAAGCUCGCAAAUGA